AUGGCACCAAAGGUGCGCCGGCGAGCACCAUCUUCGCACGCCCUCACCACCUCUGGCUCCUCAAAGUCAACCUUGCAAGCCAAAUGGCCGCACAUACACGCAUUGGUGCUGCAUGUAAGGGCUCAAAGAGUUUACGUGCAGAAAGACAAGCCCCAGAAUCUGUCUGCUAGUUUGGGCAUCUCCUGCACACCUCCAUCUGCAGCACAGACCGACUUUGAAGCAAGAGUGGCACGCUACCUGGAGAAGCGCAAGCACAGAAAUGUGUUUGCGUGGACCAUGGUCAAGGUCUUGCUAUUGCUGGCAGGAUACACUUCCGAUGACAAAGUGCCAACACCAUUGCUGGAUUGCGCAUUUCAGAUGGUGGUGGAUGUUUGGUUGAAAGUCCUCAGGUCAAACAAUUGCGCUGCACCGCCUGCUGCUGCUGCCACAAUCACCCCUCAGGGUGCCAAGGCACACCUGAACGGCCUUUGGCUUGGUCAAGAUGGAUCAAAGCGUGGCAUCUAG